AAGGCUACAGAAGGCUGGACACUGUGCAGCCCUAGCACAGGGCCUGGAGCAUCCUUGAGUGAGGUGGAUGAUUUGAGCCUCAUGAGGCCUCUCUCUUAGCCUUUGAGAAGGGAUCAUGGUAUCCUGGAUAGGUUUUUGGAUUCCCGAGGUAGCUCAGGUGUGCACCAGCAGGCAUACUGCUGCCUCAGAGAGCUGGGCAAGAUGCUCUUUGGAGUAAAGGACAUUGCACAGUUGGAACACGGGUGCCAGGCCCUCGAGGUGGACAGUUACAAGUCCCUGAUGAUCCUGGGUAUCCCAGAAGACUUCAACCACGAGGAAUUGGAAGAGAUCAUCCAGGCCCCCCUAAAGCCUCUGGGCAAGUUCGAAAUGGCUGGGAAGGCCUUUCUAGAAGAAGAUCAAUCCAAGGCAGUCAUCAUUAGGCUGGCAGAAGACAUCAGUUAUGUCGUGAUCCCCCAGGAGAUCAAGGGCAAGGCUGGCAGGUGGAGAGUGGUCUGCACGCCCUGGAAGCAGGAUAUUGAAUUCCUGACCAAGCUGAACCUCUUCCUGCAGAGUGAGGGCUGGACGGUGGAGGAUGUGGCCCACGUCCUGAGGCAGGAACUGUGUCGGACAGUGACAGGCCCACUUCUGCCUGCCAUAAAGUGCCAUGUACCCCAGCCCGGGGAGAAGCCUGGGGCUGGGGCCACUGCCUUGGUGGUGUCACCUCUGGACUCAGCGGAGAAGGAGAACAAGGCUGGAGAUGGUAAGAAAGGCAAGCGAAGCACAAGAAAAAGUUGCCGGCACCAUGCCUCUGAUAAGAAGCUGUGA